UCAGCUGUUUUCGUGGGACGCGCACGAGAAGAGAAAAUUGUUUGCGGCUUUUCGUGUUGUGAAAAUCCCGGAAAAUGGUGGCAAAAGCAAGUCAAUCGCUGAAUAUAGAGAUCAAUUUCGAAGAGGAGGAUGUUCCGUACGAGGAGGAAAUCCUGCGGAACGCCUACUCCGUGAAGCACUGGCUGCGCUACAUAGACCACAAGGCCAAGGCACCGAAUAAUGGGGUAAACCUGGUCUACGAGCGCGCUUUGAAGGAGCUGCCCGGCAGCUACAAGAUCUGGCACAAUUACCUGAGGACGCGCAGGAAGCAGGUGCGCGGAAAGAUACCCACGGAUCCCAUGUUCGAGGAGGUCAACAGCGCCUUCGAACGAGCCCUCGUCUUCAUGCACAAAAUGCCACGCAUCUGGAUGGAUUAUGGCGCCUUCAUGACCUCCCAGUGCAAAGUGACCCGCACCCGCCACGUUUUCGACCGGGCUUUGAGGGCCCUGCCCAUCACGCAGCACGGCAGGAUUUGGCCGCUGUAUCUGCAGUUCGUGCGCCGCUUCGAGAUGCCCGAAACUGCUUUGCGGGUCUACCGCCGCUACCUGAAGCUCUUCCCCGAGGACACCGAGGAGUAUGUGGACUAUCUGCAGGAGGCCGAGCGCCUGGACGAGGCUGCCCAGCAGCUGGCGCACAUCGUGGACAACGAGCACUUCGUGUCCAAGCACGGCAAGUCGAAUCACCAGCUGUGGAACGAGCUGUGCGACCUCAUCUCGAAGAACCCGCACAAGGUGCACUCCCUGAAUGUGGACGCCAUCAUUCGUGGCGGACUGCGCCGCUACACGGAUCAACUGGGCCACCUGUGGAACUCCCUGGCGGAUUACUACGUGCGCUCCGGCUUAUUCGAUCGGGCAAGGGACAUCUACGAGGAGGCCAUUCAAACGGUGACCACGGUGAGGGAUUUCACACAGGUCUUCGACGAGUACGCCCAGUUUGAGGAACUCUCGCUAAACAAGCGCAUGGAGCAGGUAGCCAGCAACGAUGCGGCCACCGAAGAGGACGACAUCGAUGUGGAACUACGCCUCUCGCGCUUCGAAUACCUCAUGGAGCGCCGACUCCUCCUGCUGAACAGCGUGCUGCUGCGCCAGAAUCCGCACAAUGUGCACGAGUGGCACAAGCGGGUGACCCUGUACGAGGACAAGCCCGCCGAGAUCAUCAGCACGUACACGGAGGCCGUGCAAACGGUGCAGCCGAAGCAGGCGGUUGGGAAGCUGCACACCCUGUGGGUGGAGUUCGCCAAGUUCUACGAGACCAACGGGCAGGUGGAGGAUGCCCGUGUGGUCUUCGAACGCGGCACCGAGGUGGAGUAUGUCAAGGUGGAGGAUCUGGCGGCCGUGUGGUGCGAAUGGGCGGAGAUGGAGCUGCGUCAGCAGCAAUUCGAGGGGGCUCUCAAGCUCAUGCAAAGGGCAACGGCCAUGCCUAAGCGCAAGAUCGCCUAUCACGAUGAUACGGAGACGGUGCAGGCGCGUCUUCAUCGCUCCUUGAAAGUCUGGUCCAUGUACGCCGAUCUGGAGGAGUCAUUCGGAACCUUCAAGACAUGCAAAGCCGUCUACGAGCGGAUUAUCGACCUUAAGAUCUGCACGCCGCAGAUCAUCAUUAACUAUGGGAUGUUCCUGGAGGAGCACAACUACUUCGAGGAGGCCUAUCGCGCCUACGAGAAGGGCAUAUCGCUGUUCAAGUGGCCCAAUGUGUACGACAUCUGGAACUCGUACCUGAGCAAGUUUUUGGAGCGAUACGGCGGCACGAAGCUGGAGCGGGCGAGGGAUCUCUUCGAGCAGUGCCUGGACCAAUGUCCUCCCGAGCACGCCAAGUACUUCUAUCUACUGUAUGCCAAGUUGGAGGAGGAGCACGGUCUCGCCCGGCAUGCCAUGUCGGUCUACGAUCGCGCCACGUCCGCUGUGAAGGAGGAGGAAAUGUUCGACAUGUACAACAUAUUUGUGAAGAAGGCAGCCGAGAUCUAUGGCCUGCCACGUACACGGGAAAUCUACGAGAAGGCCAUCGAAUCGCUGCCCGAGCAGAAUAUGCGACACAUGUGCGUCAAGUUUGCCGAACUGGAAACGAAGCUGGGUGAAGUGGAUCGAGCCAGGGCCAUCUACGCUCAUUGCUCACAGGUUUGUGAUCCCCGCAUCACCGCCGACUUUUGGCAGACUUGGAAGGAGUUCGAAGUGCGUCACGGCAACGAGGACACAAUGCGCGAAAUGCUGCGCAUCAAGCGCUCCGUGCAGGCCACUUACAAUACGCAGGUGAACAUGAUGGCCGCCCAGUUCCUGAACACAAACACUGGAGCGGCUGCGGACGCGGGAGCAGGAGCUGGGCCGGAUGCCAUGCGUGCGCUGGAGGAGAAGGCCCGACAGGCGGCGGCCGAGGCCAAGCAAAAGCCCACCGAAAAGGCGGCUUCCAAUAUUAUGUUUGUGCGCGGCGAAACUCAGGGAGGAGCCAAGGAUAAGAAGGAUACGGUGGUUAAUCCCGACGAGAUAGACAUUGGAGACAGCGAUGAGGAGGAGGACGACGACGACGAUGAGGAAAACGAGCCUGCAAAUGAGAACGGAGCCACCGAGGCGGCCACAAAAACCGACGACGAAGGCCUUGUGAUGAAGAAACUGCGCUUCGAACAAAAGGCCAUUCCGGCCAAGGUCUUCGGCAGCCUGAAGCCCGCCAAUCAAGCCGACUCCGAUGAGGAGUAGAUGUUUAUAUUACCUAACUAUAAAGUAAAUACAUGUGCGUCGUAAGUUUCAA